AUGGUAGCCUCAUGGAUUCUCAAUUCCCUUGCUAAGGAAAUCUCUGACAGUGUGGAGUAUGUGAAUGACUCAGUCGAGUUAUGGAGGGAAUUAGAGGAUCGUUAUGACAAAACAAAUAGGGAAAAAUUGUACCAGAUUCAGAAAGAGAUUAAUGACCUUGCACAAGGAUCCUUAGACAUUACUACGUAUUAUACACGAAUGAAGAGAUUGUGGGAGGAACUGAACACCUUGAGUGCCAAAUCUCAGUGCAGCUGCAAUUGCACAUGUGGAGCAAAAAAAACUAUGCAUAAGGCAGAACAGGAUCGACAACUUAUUCAAUUUCUUAUAGGAUUGAAUGAGGUCUACACAAUAGUGCGAGGAAUCAUUCUUAUGAUGAAGCCUCUGCCUUCUAUGGCACAGGCUUUCUCUCUAUUGAUACAAGAAGAAAAACAAAAGGAAUUCAAAUCUGCUAGUCAACUCAGUUUAGACUUUACUUCACUCCAUGUAAAUGCAAGUCCACAGCGUCAAAAUCCAUUUGGAGCCAGGAACUUCAAGACACAUUACACAGCCAAAAACAAUAAUAAGGGUCAUCCAUUCAGUGACUAUUGCAAAAGACCAGGACAUACAAGGGAGAAGUGCUAUAAGUUACAUGGAUACCCUCAAGGGAGUUCAUACAAUAACCAAAACUUCAAUCGUGCCAAUGCUCAGCCCUAUAAUCAGGGGAUCAACCAGAACCACAAGUUCAAUAGAGGAAAAGGAUCUGUGGCAAAUGUACAUGGGACCCCAGCUGAUAUGAUUCAUGAGAAUGGAGAUGAGCAGGACCUGCAAGAUGAAAUCAGAAUGUCAACUUGA